UUGAGGCUUCUCACGAAACGCUUAUGUUUUCUGAUUUAUUCUUUAUUUUCCUUUAACUGCACUUUAGUUUAGACAUAAUUUGCUCGAUCAACAGUUUCUUGCGUUGUUGUCCUGGUGACCUGGAUUAGGUUUGUUCAGGGUUUUAUUUUGUUUUUCCCUUCUUUUUAAUUCCUUCAGAACUGCGGUAAUGCUUAGAAGAAAAAGCGAUUUUUUUGUUUUCCGGGAUAACUCUCUUUCUGUGAAAAGUGAUAAGGAAGCGCGAAAAGAAGAGGAGCAGUCGCCGACCCCGUUUGAAGAGUACGUGUAUGGACUGUUGCAGAUAAAGACAACCAGUGCUGAUCAAUUUGACAACUUGGAGAAGCAUACGCAGUGGGGGAUCGAAUAUGUGGAUAAGUACACCAAAUUUGUCAAGGAGCGAUCAGAGAUUGAAAUCAGCUAUGCAAAACAAAUUAGGAAUCUUUCAAAAAAAUAUCAGCCCAAGAAGAACUCAAAAGAAGAAGAGGAGAGCAAGUACACGUUCUGUCGAGCCUUUCUAACAUCACUAAAUGAACUCAACGACUAUGCGGGUCAACACGAGGUCAUAGCAGAGAACCUAACUUCUCAGAUCAUCACCGAUUUGACGCGCUACCUGCAGGAGCUCAAGGCUGAGAGAAAAUCCCACUUCCAUGAUGGACGGAAAGCACAGCAGCAGCUUGAAAGCUCAUGGAAACAGUUGGAAUCAUGUAAAAAGAAGUUUGAGAGAGACUGCAAAGAAGCAGACAGGGCGCAGCAGCACUUUGAGAGGAUGGAUGCUGACAUUAACGUGACAAAAGCUGAUGUAGAGAAGCGAAGUUACCAUAAGGCACGGCAGCAAGCUCAAGUGAGGCACCAGAUGGCCGCCGACAGUAAGAACGAUUACCACUCCUACCUGCAGAAGUUCAACCAGGAGCAGCAUGAACAUUACUACACUGUUAUUCCCAACAUAUUUCAGAAUCUUCAAGACAUGGAAGAGAAAAGAAUUGAGAGACUAGGAGUGUGUAUGAAGACAUUUGCUGAGGUGGACCGUCAAGUGCUGCCCAUCGUGGGGAAGUGUUUAGACGGCAUGACGAGCGCUGCUGAGGGCAUCGAGCCCAAGACCGACUCCAAUCAGGUGGUAGAGUCCUACAAGUCUGGUUUCGAGCCCCCAGGUGACGUGGAGUUCGAAGACUACGGUCAGGCCAUGAAGAGGACGGUGUCGGAGAACAGCCUGUCCAACUCCAGAGAGUCCAAAGAGAAGCCUGCUGGCAAGAGCAAAAGCAAACUGUGGCCUUUCAUUAAGAACAAGAACAAGCUCAUGUCCCUGUUAACGUCCCCCCGCCAGCCCCCACCUGCCCCCCCAGCCUCAUCCCCACCCUUACCCUCUGCUGUUCCCAACGACCCCCAGUCUCCAAAGCAGCCCAAGGAGCCCCUCUCCCACCGCCUCAACGACUUCAUGGCCUCCAAACCCAAAAUGCACUGCCUCCGGAGCCUGAGGCGAGGGCAACAAUCUCCGCGCUCACUCCUUUAUCACAAAGAGCUCAUGAAGAGGACUCUGGGUCAACCCACAUAUGCUUUUGAAGCAAGGCAAUAUGUACUUUCUCUCAAGCUGAUCACACUCAAUUCCCACGUCCGGAGUCUCAUUGAGGGUUCUGUCCCUGAAGACUUCAGUCACCUGCCUCCAGAACAGAGGAGGAAGAAGCUGCAGGGCAAGAUCGACGAACUGAAAAAAGACAUUCAAAAAGAGAUGGACCAGAGAGAUGCUCUGACGAAGAUGAAAGACGUGUACGUGAAGAACCCUCAGAUGGGAGAUCCAGCCAGCGUGGACCCCCGGCUAGCAGAGAUCGCCAUGAACAUCGAGAAGCUGCAGAGCGAGGAGCAGAAGUUUGAGAACUGGUUAGCAGAGGUGGAGGAGAGGAUGCCCUCAAAGAGCGAAACCCACCGCAAAAGUGUCAUCUACGAGACCCAAAACAGCACAGUGAGCAACAACUGUGCGCAGGACAGAGAGAGGCCCCUGAGCAGCCCGGACGGCAGCUACACGGAGGAACAGAGUGCAGAGACUCAGGUCAAAGCCGUCGCCAACCGCACCUCCUGCGCGCCGGAGUCAGACGACGAGUUUGAUGAGCUGGAGACUAUCGGCACCUGCAAAGCCUUGUACACCUUUGAAGGUCAGAAUGAGGGCACCAUCUCAGUGACAGAAGGCGAGCUGCUGUACGUCAUAGAGGAAGACAAAGGAGACGGAUGGACACGAGUGAGGAGGAACGAGGAAGAGGAGGGUUACGUCCCCACGUCCUACAUUGAGGUCCUUUUGGAAACCAACGCCAAAGGCCAGUGGUAAAGGGGGAAGAACGACUUGGACUGGGCUCUAUGAUUCCUAAAAGUGCGAUGCCGGCUGAGGAAAAGCAGGGCAAGCAGCCUUGGAGAACCUCCCCCUCCUCCUCCUCUCCCCCCAACCCCCGCCCGCACACUCCCCGAUGCCAAACAGAGGGCGACGGCCAAAUCAGAACGCCGCUGAAUUUACCGUUCAGUUACAAACAAAACCGGGGAGGGAAGGGGGGCUGUGGCCGUUUCUGUGACGCUUUCAUCAGAGAAAUCCCGGAAAUUUCAACCGCUCCUGAUUUUCUUCAUCCUUAACAUCCAGUCCGACUCCAAACGACUCAAUUUUGCUCCGUCAGCAAAGCUUUGCUUCUCAAUGGGACUAACGCUUCCUCCAUGCUCGCCAUGACCAAGCUGCCCGUCACCUGGCUUUUCCUUCAGCCCUCCACAGGUGCAGGAGGGGGUGUGGUCAGAAACGGGACGCUGCCGGAGAGCGAAGCCAUGUGUGUUUGUGGCCCCUCCCUCUAAAACUCCUCUUCACGUUGGCAGGUUUCAGGAGGAAGACGGCGUCCGUGUGUGUGCCCAUGCUCAUUUGAAAGUCAAAGAAGCGAGCGGUUCCUCAUCCAUCACCUUUGUCACUGUCCUCUCUCUGACCACACCCCCACUUCCCCAGGUGACCCCCCCCCAGCACGCCCCCUUUUCUGUUUAUUGCAACAGCUCGGGGCGUUGUGGCGUGCUGCAUGCUUGCCCUGUUUUCCUCGGAAACCCGGCAGGUCAGCUUACGCCAAACACCCACCGGCCCCCGCUGCCGCCUCCGGCCUUCCUGCUCGGUUAACCCCCCCCCUCGCUUCAUCCCCCAUUGCCUAUUGAAAUGAACCUGACUGCUACUGUUUAUGUUCGGUGCCUGUGGAUUUUUUCAUUUUUUUACUCUUGUUUUAGAUCUCUCCGCUCAGCUUUUUAUUCCCUGAUUUCUGUUUAGCUUUGACAGUAGCAUGUGCCCCCCCCCCUAAAACACACACACACACCCAGACACACACACACCCUCAGCCCCAGUUCAACCCUGAAAAAGGCCAACAGGAGCCUGUUUUGUGACCCCCUCCUCCUCUAGGUCACACGUGUCUUUUCUAUUUCUUUUUACUGAAUCUUUGUGAUUUCUUUUUUUAUUGCAAGUUUUGAUGCAAGUUUUGGGUUUGCUCCUCCGUCUACUGUCGAUGAGAACAUACUGUGACGCACAGUUUCCUGUGAACGAGCCCAUUCAGGCCUUCAACCGGGUUUCUGCUCUCUCGGAGAACGAAGCAGCCACCAAACUCCACCUCUGUCCACGUCUUUUCAACGGCACAUAACGAAAAAGAUCAGACUUUUUGUUUUUCCUUUGUUAUUUUUCUUUAGCUGGAAAUCUGUUGUUGCUUGAUUUAUCGUGACUGGACGUCUCAUAACUGCAAAAAAUGUCUUUUUUUUCUUUCUAAAAUUGCGGGGAACUCAUGCAGCUCCUGCCGCCUGGAGUAACGAAGGAUGUGAUGAUCGUUGUUUUGAUGAAAUUCCUGCUGAAUCUUCAACCACUCCUUCACUUCCUGCCAUUUGUGUUUAGUUCUAAAACGUCCAGCUUUUUCAAAUGGAAGUCUUUUUAGUCCCAGAGUCACAGGUCUGUACAGAAGAAAUGUUGGAACCAGAGAGAAUAUAUACGAGUGUAUAAAGUUUAAAAAGAAGACAUUAUUUUAACUAUUGGGAGUCUUCCCACAACGUGAUCUGCUUUGCAAAGUAAGACUUCUCUUCCUCUGAAAGGUCUACCAAAUGGUGUAUUUUGCACUUUUUUGUUUGUGUUCCAUUGGGUGGCUCGUGCUUUUGUUUUGAAGCACUGAAUUCUUUGUAUUGUGUUUUACUGUGCCAAUAAAAUAUGCCUGAAAAAUUC